AUGUUCGCCCGUCCCACGACGUCCACGCACUGGAACAUGGCGACGAUGCUCAAGACGAGCGGCAUCACCGAAGACGUGCGGCAGCACCUCAUCCGCGUGUACGCGACGCUGGCUGCCUGCGUGCUGUCGGCCAUGCUCAGCGCCGCCUGUAUGGUGACGUUCGGUCCCGAGCGCUGGUCGCUGCUGAGCUCGUCGCUCGUGGCCUCCCUGGGCUCCAUGUGGCUCUACACAGAACCGGUGCAGAACUUCAGGCGCCGGUUCGGGAUCCUCAUGGCGAUCUCAGCUGCGAUGGGCCUCUCGGUGUCCACGCUCGUGGCAGUCGCGCUCCGAGUGGACGCCAGCACCCUCGUCUUUGCCUUACUGGUGACGGCGCUGGUGUUCACGUGUUUUACCGCAAGUGCCCUCAUCGCUACGCGCCGCUCGUACUUGUACUUGGGUGGGAUCCUGAGCUCGGCGCUGUCGAUGCUGUUUCUCACGAGCGUACUGAACCUCGUGGCGCACUCGUCGCUUUUGCUGAACCUGAACUUGUAUGGCGGCCUGUUGCUGUUUUGCGGCUACGUGGUCUUGGACACGCAGAUGAUCAUUGAGAAGGCCAGCAGGGGGGACAAGGAUGUGCUCAAGCACACGCUCGACCUCUUUAUGGAUUUGGUGUCGAUUUUCGUCCGCAUCCUCGUGGCGCUGUUGAACAAGAGAAAAGACGGUAAGCCGCACCACGGCCGUCGCCAGUAG